GUUCAGAGGAUGUCAGCAGCUCGUCCACAGAGGCAAGAGACUUUUAAAGCGGAAAUCCAACCCACUGGAAUCACGCUGGCCUUAAGAGCACACCAGAGCUGUGGGCGAGGCUUACAGCAAAUACUCGAGCCUAUUGGAGUUUAUAUACAUCUAUUAUGUGGGAAUAUACCCAGGCCUAUCCAACUCACUGGUACGGAAGCCGACUGGAGACUUUGUCGUAGAGGAAGUGUUUAUUUUUUCGACUUUAGGGGAGAAACUGCUGAAUUGAACCAGCUUAAGGUUUUUUGGAGAACGUUGGAGAGUCCGCUGAAUUUCAGAGGAGCGCAGCUCAUCUAGCGGCAGCAAGUUUAUGUUUUUAUUUCAUCGUAAUGUGGUGAUCUGGCAUUGUCAAUUAAAUGUAGUUUGUCAGUGUGUCACGCUUUUGUACAUUUUAUUGUCCAUGACCGUGCGCCGUAGCCUACUUAAGCAUCUGACAGAUUUCUCUCCGGAUCAGUUCUGCUAGCCAAUUUCUGCAAUGAAGUCCAGCCGUUGCCGACGGAUCUUUGUGUUCUGCUUAUUUAUUUUCUGCAGCUGAAUAAUUGCUAAGCUAUAACCAGCCAUGCCCGAGCCUCUAUUGUCUCAUUACAGGAUGGAAUGCAAGUUUUGCGUUGCACUGCGCCACACUAUUCGGUUUUAUACAUGCCCGGCGUUGCUCGUUGGCUGUUAGCGUUUGCUCUUUUUAAUUUGACAUUAAACGCACCAAGAGAGCAAUGCGUGAGUAUAAAGUAGUGGUCCUCGGGAGCGGUGGAGUCGGGAAGUCCGCUCUGACGGUACAGUUUGUCACCGGAACAUUCAUCGAGAAGUACGACCCGACAAUCGAGGAUUUUUACCGCAAGGAGAUAGAGGUGGAUUCCUCCCCCUCUGUGCUGGAGAUCCUUGACACAGCUGGAACGGAGCAGUUUGCCUCUAUGCGGGAUCUCUACAUCAAAAACGGCCAGGGCUUCAUACUAGUAUACAGCCUUGUCAACCAGCAGAGCUUCCAAGACAUCAAGCCAAUGAGAGAUCAAAUAAUCAGAGUGAAAAGGUAUGAGAGAGUGCCGGUGAUCCUGGUGGGGAACAAGGUGGACCUGGACAACGAGCGGGAGGUGUCGUCAAGCGAGGGCCAGGCACUGGCCGAAGAGUGGGGCUGCCCCUUCAUGGAGACCUCGGCCAAAAGCAAGACCAUGGUGGACGAACUGUUUGCCGAGAUUGUCAGGCAGAUGGACUACGCCUCUCUGCCGGACAAGGAGGACCCGUGCUGUUCUUCCUGCAAUAUACAAUAGCUCUCCUCCCCUCAUCUGCAGGGUCUAGGGUUAUGCUGAUAAGCGUGGAGGAGAGGGUGACCUUUUUUUUUUAAUCACCAUUAAAGAAAUCACAUUCCAUCAAAUGACACAAGACCAGACAAGAGUGUUGCAAUUGCCUUGCGAUCUCAACAGAGAUGGAGAGAGAGAAAGAGAGAGAGAAAGAGAGAAAGAGAGAGAGAGAGUGCAAUAAUUGCUGUUGGUUGUCACUUGCCAAGUUUACUCCAUAGAUGCACGUCAGCCGCAGCAAUGUUCCGUCUGAUUUCUCACCCUUUCAUUUUGAUGUUUGAAAUGAAGCCAAGUGGUCAAAGCAAAUAACUCACAUGAAUUGGGUCAAUAAUAUGCCUGAUCAUGAGACAAUUGUUUCUCCUGCCCCUGUUGGUUUUGCCACUUGACCUAUAAAUUGGUUAGUAUCAUCCAGUGUUAAUUACAGAAACUCUGUCUUGUGCCAUUCGAGCCCUGUGAGGUUGACGUCCAGUUCCGUCACCCCAGUGACAUCUUAAGGAUUGUGAAGUCCAGUCUUAUCCAAAAGGUUGGUGAGUGACUUUGAGUGGUUUUGAGUGCUGGGUGUCACCGAGGAGGACCAUUCAAGGCCCAAUAAAGUGCUCAGGGGCAUUUACUAAAACUCAUCAGGGAAUCAAGCUGAAUGCUGGAAUGAGCUUGAUUAG